AUGUCCUGCUCCUGCUGCAGGGAGCUGCUGAAGGGGGCGGACUCGCGGGAGGAGCGAGGAGGAGAUCGGCUGCUGGAGGAGGAGGAGAGGAGUGAGAUGGACGUGUCGGUGCUGAGAGAGGAGUACCGGAGGAGCAGAGAGAGUCAGAGGAGACAAACUCACCUGCUGCUCUUCAGGACAGUCUCAGAGGACCUGUCCGAGGCCAUCACCAUCGUUCCAGUACCACAGGCUUUGGGGUCAUCACGGGAACCAGAUGGAAGCUCAGUGGCUGCCAGUCCAUCCGAUGUGACCUUUGAGCCUGAGCCAAUGACCUGUGACCCUUGGCACAUUCAUCUGGGCCUCCACCGACGCUCACACCGCGGCGUCACGGUGCAACUUCCUGCUGUGUCCCCCGAGGUGAUGGACACCAGAGGCUGCAGUCCCUCCAGGUCUUGUAGCUCCACCGACAGCAAACUUUUGGUGGAUUCUCCGAUCAAGUCACCUGGCACUUCCGGAAACGCAUCACCCUGCGGCGCUAAAGAAGACAAACACUUCCAAGGAGCCGUAGACCGGUCCAGCAGACAUGCAGACUGCAGUUCCACUGAGAGACCCAGACCCGAUUCCAUCUGCGCUACAUCUGAUCAACCUGAGCAUGAGGCAGUCCAGGGUUCUGUCCCCAGAUCACUCAGUGUCUCUUCCAGCUCCUCAAAGAGAAGUUCAGGAAGCAGCUCAAGCGAGUCCUCAGCCACAGCCCACCUGAUGGACUCCGCCCCUGUCGCCUCCAUUACUGGCUCCACCGGCAACCUAAACUCUGACUUAGACCAGAAGCCCGUCCUGCACAGUGAUGGAACUCCAGCAUGCCACCGGUCCAGAAAGUUCCAGGGUCCUGCAUCCAGAGUAACCAGGCAGUUGAGCGUCGGCGGCAUUGGUUCCUCUGCCAGCGACUUCUUCCCGUUCCCUCACAGGAAGUCACCAAGGAUCUCUGAGGCCGCGAAGAGACUCGGGAUGUACUCUUCGUUCUGAUGAAACCUCACGGUUAACCUCUGAUCACUUAGAACUUACCAGGUUCUGGCCUGGUGAUGUCACAGAAGCCAGGUGACUCAACACCAGAAGAUGAGG